CGGCUACUUUCAUUCUUGAUUCUAGCGUACUUCCGGUAGGACACAUGCAGAGCUGUCCUCUCACAAACAUUCAAGCAGGAAGGUCGGGAAAUGGUAUUUAAAUGAUUUAAGGUUCGUCGAUCGGUUCACAUCUCCUGCAGUUGAAGAUGACAAGAUAUAUGUAGUACUGUACAUUAUAAGCUCUAAUUAGACGAAGACUACGUUCUGUAACAGGAUGAAGCUGUCCUUUAGUUUGGUUGUAUCUGCCCUUUUUCUUGGCUACAUUGGUCACUCUAUGUGGGUUAUCUAUGGGAUUUUCUUCCCCACUCCAUGUGCUAAAGGCAAGAGAUGUAUUUAUCCAUAUAUUGGACAGAAACCAACGCCAGAACUAGAGAUGCAAAUCUUUACCUCUACAAAGCAGAAAGGUGUCAGUGAAAGUGAUCUGAAGCUGAUCUGGAGGAAUGACAGUUUGGAUAUUCAUCAGACAUAUGUAAAAGAUGUAAAUGUUUCCAUGCCGCUAAAGACAAGAAGGAAUGGAACACUGUACAUCCAUGUGUUCGUCCAUCCAAAGGGACAUGAUCCAUUCGACAGCACCUAUAGCGUACACACCUUGGUAACCAUGACAACAUACUCUCUGCCGCAAGCAGAGUUCUUCAGUCUGCUUGGGGACAGAAAUGAGAGUGAGACUCUGGACAGAAACAUCCCAAUCAGCCACUGGAGGAAGAAAUUGUUUGUGACAUUGGUGACCGACCCCUUGGCUAUAGACAUGCAUGCAAUUCCAGCCGAUUUGUAUAAGUUCAUCAGUCCUGCCCCAAAUGGACGCUACUUGCCAAUCGUAUACAUAGACCAUAUCAGUUUCAGAGUGAGGGAUCUCCUGCCAAUCAACAAGAGCUCAAGCACCAUGCCUCUGAGUAUAACAUACUCGCCCAUCUCGGUUGGCAAAUUACGAUUCUGGAACAACAUGUUGGAGUCCAUGAAGAUGCUACAUGGAUUCGGUUUCUCUGAUAAAGAUACAGAUGAGGUGAAAGGAAUCUUCGCUGAUACAAAUUUUACCUUCCUGAUGCUAACGUUUGCUGUAGCUGCAUUCCAUUUACUCUUCGACUUCCUCGCUUUUAAGAAUGAUAUAAGUUAUUGGAAGGGACGUAGGUCAAUGGUGGGCCUUUCUUCCAGAGCAGUUCUGUGGAGGUGUGUUUCAACAAUAAUCAUCUUUUUCUACCUGAUGGACCAGGAGACUAGUUUACUGGUACUGGUGCCUGCUGGAAUAGGAGCUAUUAUAGAGGUUUGGAAAGUAAAGAAAGCUUUAAAAUUAACAAUACACUGGAAAGGAAUAAAACCUACUUUUGAAGUUGGCAAGACUUCUGACCAGGAGAAAGAAACUGCAGCCUUUGAUUCUGAGGCUAUGAAAUAUUUGUCCUACCUACUGCUACCUCUGUGUUUGGGUGGAGCUGUGUAUUCCCUGUUCUAUACACCACAUAAAAGUUGGUAUUCCUGGUGUAUUCAGAGCCUCGUAAAUGGAGUGUAUGCAUUUGGGUUCCUUUUUAUGCUACCUCAACUGUUUGUGAAUUAUAAGAUGAAGUCUGUAGCACAUCUACCAUGGAGGGCUUUCACCUAUAAGGCAUUCAACACUUUUAUAGAUGAUAUAUUUGCUUUCAUUAUCACCAUGCCAACCGCUCACCGACUAGCCUGUUUCCGUGACGAUGUAGUUUUUGUUGUUUAUCUGUAUCAGAGAUGGCUCUAUCCAGUUGAUAAAAAGAGAGUGAAUGAAUUUGGAAGGUCAUAUGAAGAUGAAGAUGAGAAAAAGAAGAAUUAGUGGGCCAGUUGCUAAAAAUUCUACAAAAGGACCAAUUUUCAAGCCAAAAGGAUGUAUAUAUUUCUUAAGAUUAAUAAGUUGAGAUUUCAGUUCACAGGGAAGUUUAGAAACAAGGAAUUGUUUCUACUGCACAACUAUCUUUCAAUUCUUAAAGUUAUUAAUAAAAAUUUGAUUUUCCCAAAAUCGAAAUUGCCAUAUUUAUAUAUGUGAAGGUGUAAAGUACUGUAUCAUCAUGUAUAUAUAUAUAUAUUUGAUUGUGUAACAUUGAUCUACACAGAAUCAAAAAUAUUGCAGAGACUAUCCUAAAUUAAAAUAUAUUUACAAAUUAACUAUAAAAGCAAAUUCUUUCAGUAUUAAAAUUUGCUGAUAAAGUUCCUGUUGUGAAAGUUGAGAUUAACAGAAAUCCAUGACUUAAGAUCUGCAAAUGAUUAACUUUAUUUACAGUUUCUGACCCAGUGAAGAACCCUUUUCAAAAAUAAACAGGAUUCUAGUUUAUUUUAUUUCUAGAAACUUCAAUCCUGAGAUAACUUUUUAGAGUUUCUUUUAAAAUCCAUGUUUUUAUUGUGAUUGUUUAAGUUUUCAUAGAAUGUGUUUGAUAUUGUUGGUGCUUUAAAUAGUAUGUUGUAUGACGACGUUGU